AUGGUUCCAGUUACCAAACCGAACACCAAGGAGGUGCAGUGCCAGCUCGCUGCCUGCGAUGAGACCAAGCAGCAGCCGGAGACGAUUGUCACUCCGAAGAGCGGCCGCGUGGGCAUCUUCAAUGCGGAGGACUUUUUGUCGCGUGCCCAGACGAACGACAAGAUUAACAAUAUCUUGCGCUCGCCCACUAAAGCUCCCAAUGGCGUGCGCCAGCGAUCGGUGUACACCAACAACAACCCAUCGCCGCAGUCGUCAAUGCGCUUGUCUACUACGGCUGUGUCGUUAUCAGCACGGAUGAGCAGCAUGUCACUGAACAGCGGCAGUGCCAGUGUGGGCACCAAUACUUCUGUGCUGGCCAAGGAAUGCUCUAGCCAGACAAAUGCCAUUGGUGCUACUGGCUCCUAUCGGACCAUCGGCAUGAGCAUGCACCAGUCGCAGCCGCUAUUGACCGCUGUUGCAGAUUUAGAGCCCUUGGUUCUGAGCACCAAAUCGUUGACUGCUCGCUUCGCAGGCCCCUUUGGGUAUGAGACUGGUGCUUACUGUCAGCCACAACCGCAACCACCCAUGCACCACACUCAGCAGUUCCCGUCGCCAAUGCCGCCACCACCUCAUGCUCUGGGUCGCGUUAGUUCGCGUACCUUUGAGUUUGAGAAUAGUCCGCCACCACCACCACCCUGUCCUGGCUCCGGUCCGAUUGCCAUGUCCAACGGCACGAUUCAGCUGCGCCUGCGCGAAGGUGUUAGGAUUGAUAUGACUCUGGACAAGGCAGUGCGCGUGUUGAAUCAGCGCAGCAUGGUGGCCGUGUCCUUGUCGCGCAACGGCACAAAUUCUGCUCUGAUCCAUCCAAAUGGCCGGAUUCUGCAGAGCGGCUCCAAGGUGGAGAUUGUCACAUAUGACGGCAUGAAGGCCAACAACUUUGUGCGCUACGCCAAAAUGUGGUACAAGGGAGUGAGCUUCACUAGCGAAUCUUGCGCUUUAAUUUAUCUGGUAGACACCGCUGGAACACGCACCACAACCGACACUUUCACUGACCUGACCAAGGACUACACUCUGGCAGUGUUUUAUGACGACUCACGCCACGGUCCCUCUUUUGUGCCGGAUGCUCAGGAGGUGAUUGCCAAGUCAUCGUACAGUUGCGCAGACGACGGCACCGAGAUGUACGACAUCAACGGCUUUCGCAUUAUUCAGGCCGCUGAUGGCCUGGUGAAGGUGACUCGCCAACACAACAAGGGCCUCAUUCGCACUAGCCCUGGCAAUGGAUCAGUCACUUUAACCACCCUUGGCAUCCACUGCACCGCCUCUUUGGGCAAGACCUCGCAUCUGUUCUUGCGUCGCAAUGAGAAGCGCAUGCACUUCGAUGGAUCGAAUUUCAUAGUGCGAAAUGCUGGACACUCGGCGGGAUUUAACGAAAACAACCUGCUGAUUGUCUACUAACUUGCCCUCGUCUUAAACACAACCGCACACUCACAAAAGACACACAUAUACAUAAACAGACAACAUCUAGACAGUUUUGGGGACUGUUGCGCUGCCGUAGCGUGGAGAGAGUAAUAACCAAAAAUAAUAUUAACAACAGAAAAAGCUUCAAACUUGAAAAAGGCUCGCAAUAGGCGCGAGCAACGCUAACGACAUUCUGACCAUAUGUAUAACAUAAAAGACCUAAGACCCAAUCUCUGCGUGGUUGGGUAGCUUCUGGAUGUCUUUCGUUACUCGACGUAAGCGCAACGAAACCAAAAAGGGAAUUCGUUUUUAGUUAUCUUUUCAUACUCUAACUUUUUGAUAUAUCAGUGAGAAUUUAGUAAAAAAAAAAAAAGGAAAAAAAAA